CCAGUGCAAAUUGUGAUGAUCUUUUAUCUCUUGAAUGACUCAGUUCUGAUCGUGUACAAACAGACCAUCUCACAUGGAAGCUAUACUAAACUGUAGAUCAGAGGAUUUAGAGGACUUUUACGGUCUACUAGGAUGUGACGAACUAUCAACGACAGAACAGAUCCUCAAUGAGUUUAAAGUGAGAGCUUUGGCUUGUCACCCAGACAAGCACCCAGAAAAUCCCAAAGCAGUGGAAGACUUUCAGAAAUUACAGAGAGCCAAAGAAGUGCUGACAGAUGAGGGCAGUAGAAAGAGAUAUGAUUUGUGGAGGAGGUGUCAGAUCGCUAUUCCCUUUUCAGAGUGGGAAUCCCUCAGUGACUGUGUCAAAACCUCGCUGCAUUGGGCUGUGAAGCCCAAGAAGGAAGCCAUGCUGGAGGCACCACACUGUGGAUUUGACUCCAGUCCCCAGGGCGCAGUCCCUCAGGCAGACGGCGGAGGCUCACUGCAGGAGCAGUGUUCAGACAGAGGACUUUGUGCAAAUCCCCAAAUAGGGGACUAUCAGCAGCAACAUUUUCGCUGGGCAGGAGAUGUUCCUUCAGGUCUUUUACAGAAAUUCAGAAAUUAUGAAAUCUGAUUUUAAAAAUCUGUAAAGACCUUAACAUUCAGUUGGCCAAUUAUUACAAGAAUGCUGUGAUACCUUUACCGUGAUCCAGAUGCCACAUUCCUUACUCAGAGAAAUCAUUAUUUUUCAGUAACAUUACAAGAGUGGUUAGAGUAGUCCCUUCAGAUGAAGAAUUUAACUCAUAAUAUAUCAUUUACUUUCAGGGGUAAGAUCAAUCCAAAAUAAGGUAACCUUAAGAUGAAUCUUAUUUGUCUUCUAAUAGUUGCAUUUUACUUGUCUUUACCACUCCUCUAGAGGUGGGGUGUCCAGACUAUUUUGACCAAGGACAAGACAUGGCAGUGAGGUGGUAACGAAUGAAAAUUCCCUUUGAGCUUUAAUGUUGUAGAACACAUCUGGCGAAACCUUAAUGUUAGGCCAGAAAAUGUCUGUCUUUAUUUUUUUAUUAUCACAAAUGCGACCAGCAGCUCUUGCUAUGGUUGAUGUAAAUAAUAUGUUGUGGGCAACUUCUGUGAUGUUGCAUUUCUAAUGUUUUAAUGUUGUUUUUACGUAUGCUUUUUCCUGUUCUUAUUAUUGCUGAAGAACUGCUUGGCUCUUGUGGGGACUAUCCACAGUCACUGUUUGUGGAAAUCUUUGUGUGUGGGUAUGUGUCGUAUGUUGAAGAACUCCUG